AUGGACUUCGUUUCACUCUUUGAAAGUGUCAAUGAUGACUAUAUAAAGGCUCGUUCAGCCGAUCAUGAGAGGCCUGAUGGGCCUCCUAGGGAGAAUUCACUCAUAUCGUUGGCCCUAAAUGUGGUCAAAAGGGACAGUGAAAAAAUGGCUUUGUUAAAGCUAAAAGGAUAUGAACGCGUAGAUAUAGAACGUACACGCGGAAAACACUCGGUGGUUUGUCGGCAUUGGUUAAAGGGGAUGUGUAUGAAGGGUGAAUUCUGUGAUUUUCUCCACCAAUUGGUAUACUCCAGAAUGCCGCCAUGCCGAAGUAUCGAAAAGAAUACAUUCUGUACUGAUAACCUACGUGGUUGUUGUAUGUUUCAGCAUAACAUAGACCCAAAUGCCGACCCGGAAGAUUCCAAGGUUAGUAAGCUGUUCAUCUUCAUCCACACCUACUUACAGACACUUCAAACUGGAACCGAAAGCGAGAUGCCAUACAUCUCGGAUCCUGCGCGUUUUAUGAUAGAAUUCGACAAGGCUAUGAGUGUUGUUUUCCCAAAAAUUCCCGGAUUCACUUAGAGCUCUUUCGGUAAAUAGACACUAGAACAACGUAUCAUCGCAAUUAUACUCUGCCAACCUGGUAUUUGUUGGAACAUCGCAUGGGU